AAUCAUGUAAGGCUGGAAAACGGCGACAGUUUACUCACGGCAGUCGCGAAAUAAACGCUGCAGGCGAACCAAUCCGUUCCCCCGAAAGAUUUCAAGACUAGAGACUUAACCAGAGAUCGGUGGCGAGAUCCUCGAGAAUAAACUAAAGAGUUAACUAAUUUCAAUUGGUGGAGAUACAAAUCGGAAAUCAUAAAUCAGGAAUCGAGAGAUUCCGCCCAGUGACUUACUUUUUGUUCAAGUGCCGCUUUACAUUUUUUGUGUGAUCUGCGCGAAGCAGCGAUCCUUGAUCCCCCACCAUGAUCUGCCCGAAACGCACCUCGGAGCUGCUGGAUCUGCACCUGGCGCCGUUUAAGGACAAGGAUCCGGCCUGGGAGAUUGGCGUCUCGAAGAUCGCCGGACGCGGAGUGGUGGCCACAAGGAGUCUCAAGCGUGGCGAGAUCAUCUUCCGCGACAGUCCGCUGCUAAUAGGACUGGCCGCCCACGAGGAGGACUCCCUGAAUGCGUGCAGUGUGUGCCUGAAGAUGCUGCCGGACACGAGAUUCAUGUGCCGCCAGGGAUGCGGUUUGCCCGUGUGCUCCCUGUGCGCCAAGAAGAAGCAGCACAAGAGCGACUGCGAUCUGUUCAAGUCGUGGGGACCGAAUGAGCCGGACGUGGCCAAUUCGGUGAUCAUCCGGCUGCUCUGCGUCGCCAGGGCCAUCAAUCUGAGCAAGGAGCAGCGGGAUCUGAUCUACUGCCUGCAGGCCAAUCUGGAUAACAAUCAUCGCACCGAGGUGCGCAAUGCGGCCAAGUGCUUCAAGAACUUCCCCACCGACAAGAAGCUCAUCGAGAUCAUGAAUCGCACCGUCGCCGUUCUGCGGACCAAUGGAUUCGACAAGACCACGGACCGAACGAACGACAAUCAGGAGUUCAACUACCGGGCACUGUAUCCACUCUUCGGCGUCGUCAACCACGACUGCAUUCCCAACGCCUACUACACCUUCGAGGAGAAGACCAACAACAUGAUCGUCCGCGCCGCCGUCGACAUACCCGAGGGAUUCGAGGUGACCACCACCUACACCAAGCUCUUCACCGGCAACAUCGCCCGCCACCUCUUCCUCAAGAUGAAGAAGAGCUUCACCUGCAAAUGCUCACGCUGCUCCGAUCCCACGGAGAAAGGCGCCUUCAUCUCGGGCCUCUACUGCCGCGACACGAACUGCACGGGUCUGGUGGUGCCGGAGAUCUCCGGGCUGCCGCAUCCCAACUGGAACUGCCUGGAGUGCAAGCAGAAGUCCACGCAUGCGCAGAUGAUGAAGUCGCAGGACUUCGCCAGCGGCGCCAUCAAUGCCAAGGUCAAUUCGAAUUCGCUGAGAACACUGGUGCAGUACCUGAACGAGAAGAGCGACAGCUUCAUACCCAGCUCCAACUACGUGGUCAUCGAUGCCAAGAUGUCCGUGCUGCAGCGGCUCCAGCAGGGACGCGAGGACUGCUCCGAGGAGCUGGCGCACAACACGCGCCUUCGCUACAGCCGCGACAUCACCCAGCUGAUGGACAAACUGGGCCUGGGCGACAGCCUGCUCCGCACCCACCUGGAGGAGCUGCUGCGGCGCGAGGAGGAGCGCCGCGCCAAGCGGCUGGCGGAUGAGGCCGAGAAGCAGCGCAAGCUGGCCGAGCUACAGGACAAGGCCGCCGAGGCUGACAAGCUGCUCGAGGUCCUGGAGAAGGAGCAGGCGGAGCAGGCCGAGCCAGCGGGCACAGCUGAUCCUGGCACGGCUCCUGCUCCGCCGCCGGUGGCCACCGCCGAGUUGGCUUAGAUAGCCGCCGUAUGCAGUCACCUAUUUCGGGACUCGAGUACCUGGCUGAGUGGAUUCUGGGAUUUCUCCCAAAAGGAUGUUGAAUAUGCAGCUUGGAGAAACCCAAUACUCGACUCCUGAAAAUCGACGCGUCGUUCCCCAACAGUCCUUUUGGCCAUCUCUCCUAGUUCUGUGUUGUGCGUACUAAACUAAAUAAUCGUAUCUGUAUCUGUAUUUGUAUUUAUUUAUUUAUAAUAAAUUAAAAACCAUACUCGA